UACCCAACCAGUCUGCAUCAUAACCACAUGGACAGGCGACCUGGCCGUAGAUUGUAGAAAGUGCCAACAAGUGUUGCGUUCUUUGGUGUUAAAAAUCAGUUAGUUAUCAAGGAUAAAGCGAUAUGAACGUAUUCCUGACAGCUGCUCUUGUGGUGCUAUCUGUGGUCCAUGCACAAGGCGCAGCCCUUGCAUCAACCCAGUGCCCAGACCCCAAUGGCGUAUUCGCAUAUGAACACCCUGAAUCAUGCAAUCUCUUCUUUUUAUGCACCAAUGGCACUCUGACAGUUGAAACCUGCGAAAAUGGCUUGUUGUUUGACGGCAAAGGCAAUGUUCAUCACCACUGCAACUAUAACUGGGCUGUAGACUGUGGAACAAGAAAAGCCGACCUUACACCAAUAAGUACACCUGGAUGUGAAUACCAGUUCGGAAUCUACCCAGAAAGUCACGAAUGUUCUACUCACUACAUCAAAUGUGCUCAUGGUGAACCACUAGCUAACCAAUGUGAACCUGGCUUAGUGUACGACGACAGGAUCCAUGGAUGCAAUUGGCCAGAUCUUCUCUUGGAAACCUGCAACCCUGAAGCUGUUGUUGGAUUCAAGUGCCCCACCAAAAUACCUUCGCAUACCGUAUCAGCUAAAUUCUGGCCCUACCCAAGAUUUGCUGUUCCUGGAGAUUGCCACAGGCUCAUCACUUGCGUCAACGGAUUUCCACGUCUCAUCUCCUGCGGAGAAGGAAAAGUACUGGAUGAAUCUACUUUGACUUGCGAAGACCCUGAGUUGGUCCCACACUGCGCUAAUAAUCAUCUCUGAAAAAAAAAUUGAAAUAUUAUUACUUUUGGAAUAUUCGAUCAAAAUUUAUUUGAUAUAAUUAUUUAAAAACUUUCGUUCUUCUAUCUUAAUGAAUCAUUGAUGUCUCUUUCUAUUUUUCAUAUCAAUCCUUAUUCUAUAAUUACUUAUCAAUCCACAAUGUUGUAAAUACGUACGUAUGUAAAUAUAAUAUUUUAGUUCAGUUUAUAGUAUUUACGAAUAAAUUCUGAUCAGAUAUCGAAACAUUUUGUAUUUGUUUUGGGUUCUUGAUAAUUUUUUAUAUUGUUUCAUUGCAGAAACUUCAAGUCUUCACUUUUGAUAGAAAAAUAAAAAAAAAUGAUAAAACUAUAUAUUUGAUAAGAGAAAAAACAUCGACAAUGACAAAAAAAAUGUAACUAUUAAUGGAAGAAAACCGCAAAAUGAUUUGAAUAAAUGAAUUUACAUUAGGACCAACCUUCAAAAAUUUUUGUAUUUUGAAAACAAUUUUUACACUUCAGAGUAAUAUUUAAUCACUUUACAAAUUGAAAACUUACAUAUCACUCAAUAAGUUUCGGGUCAGAUGCACAUAUGGCAACUUCAAUAGGUGCGUGUCAAACAUAGUGUUGAAUCUGGAUCGAGAUAUUGCCGGUUAAUAAUUAAUGUUAUAUUUGUAGUUAUUUGAAGAAUGGACAAAAACGAGUUUCGUGUAUUGACAACAUUUUUUAUGACAAAAUACUGUCCAGGCGAUGCAAUGACUUGUUCAGUGUUAUUGGGACUUUGAAAAAAUUUAAUAUUUAUCAUUUGAAUUUUAUAUUUCAUUUUGUUGGGUCACCCUAGCAAUUCAAAAUGCACUUUUUGUUAGAAAGUUUCAUCAUAUUGCAGAAAAAACUAACACAUAUUUUAGCAAUAAACGGCUGCUUUUCCGUUGUUUGAUGUAUUACUACUCAUGAUUACCGAGUUUUCGUAGAAUCCUGCCAUUUUAUUAUUUCGUGACAACUUAUUUCCACUUUGUCGCUUUUUUUAUAGUUGAAUUAUCGCAAAAAAUAUACACGAUACUGUCGUUAUAUGUCGGUUAUAUAAAUGAUGGAAAAGUCGUUAUUUUUUCAGUUGAAUUCUGUAUUCGCAAAAAUGAUUUUCUAUUUAACUUUUAUGUUUUUAUUUUCUAUAUCAGAAUGCGGACCUGUAAUUUCUAAAACAGAAAUACACGGUAAUGCAGCAGAGCUAGGAGUGUAUCCGUAUUUAGUUGCAAUUGUGGAAGAAGAGAAUGGAUAUUUUUGUGCGGGAACAUUGAUUAGCCCAAAAUUUGUCCUUACAUCAUCUGUUUGUUUCUUUUUUGCACCUUCCAGCGAUUUGUAUGUAUGGGCUGGUAUACACUAUGAAGGACAUGAGUUGAGCGAAAAAGAUUUGAAGAGGAAAAUAAAGAGAAUUGAUAUUCAUCAUCGAGCAAAUAUCGAAAAAGAUGGUGAAAAUAACCCCUUCGAUCUUUCAGUAAUGUACAGUAUUGCCAUUGCCGAGUUGGAUGAACCUUUCGAAAUGAUUCCCAACGUCAUUGGAAUCAUAGGAUUGCCUGAAUAUUUAGAUGAAAUUCCUGAAUUUGACGGAAUAGUUCAAGAAUCGUCGGACGAAAGUGAUAAGCUUUCGAACGAAUCUCUCCAAUGGAGAAGUUUGAUAGUGGACAAAGAAGAGUGUGAUUGUGGCUCACCGAAAGAUUCGUUUUGUUAUUGUAAUGGGAAGGAAAAGGAGAACACUGGUGGACCAUUGGUGAUUGAUGGAAAAUUGUACGGAAUUGCAAUAUAUGGCCACAAUAAAACCCAUCAUAGAGCCAUUCCCUACUACAAGUUGUCUCAAAUACUGGAUUGGAUAAAAGAGAAGCUUCCUCCCAAAUAGUUGGCUGCAUGAGAUGUUUUUGCUUCGAUUUGUAUUUCAUUGAAUAAAUUAUGUUUGAUCAA